GUGCACAGUCUGUGCUGAGUAGAGGUCAGGAUGCUGGUGUUCCAUGUCCUGGCCUUGCUGCUGUCUCUCCUCUGGCCCACAUGCACUUCCUCCGAGGCAGACUGUCAGCACUUGCAGGACCUGGACUCUGCAGUGGUCCAUAAGGAUGGCCAGGUGAUUCUGGCUGCCAUGUUUCCCAUCCAUUCUAAAGGUGUAGAGCAGGAACUGAACUUCAUGAGUACACCAGACAAGAGGAAAUGCAGGGGGUUAAACCUGCGUGCAUUACGCUGGUCUCAGGCCAUGAUCUUCUUCAUAGAUGAAAUUAAUAGAAAUCCCUUGUUGCUGCCCAACAUCACUCUGGGCUACAGGAUUUAUGACACAUGUUGGACAGUAGCUUUGUCUGCAAGAACUGCUUUGUCUGUGGUCUCUCAGCCACUGAAGAGGAACAGCACAGGGGCAUGUUCAUCCCCUGGCAUCCCUCUUGUCAUAGGAGACUCAGGAUCCAGCCUAUCCAUAGCUGUCUCCAGACUGCUUAAUCUGUUCAAGGUCCCACUGAUCAGUUACUUUGCCUCUUGUGCUUGCCUGAGUGACAAAAAACAGCACCCUUAUUUUUUCCGUACAAUCCCUAGUGACACAUACCAAGCCAGCGCUAUGGCCCGCCUUGUCAAGCACUUCGAUUGGACCUGGGUGGGCACGUUUGGUGCCGACGAUGCUUACGGACGUACCGGCAUCGAUAUGUUCACAGCUGAGGUGACGCAUCUUGGUGCAUGUGUGGCGUUUCGGGUCAUCAUUCCCAAAGUCCCCACUCAGCAACAGAUCCAGGAUAUUGUAAAGAUGAUCAGAGACUCCAGUGCACGUGUUCUUGUAACCUUUGCCACUGAGGAGGACAUGGAGCCUGUGUUGGAGGAAGUGGUAAGACAGAAUGUAACAGGGAGGUUAUGGGUGGCCAGUGAGGCCUGGGUAACCUCCACCCUCAUAUCCAAUAAAUAUCCCUUUCUCAGUGGCACUAUGGGCUUCGCUAUACGCAGAGCAGAGAUCCCCGGCCUCAAAGACUUCCUACAUAGCCUGCAGCCUUUCACUGAGCCUUAUAACCCAUCUGCAAGGGAAUUCUGGGAAACGGAGUUUCAGUGCUCCUUUAACACAAGUGUACCGGUUGGUUCUAUGGCUGAUCAGGUCCAGUAUAACCGCACUUGUACGGGAAAAGAGAGGAUUCAGGACACUGAGACAAUCUAUAAUGAUGUCUCCCAGCUCAGAGUGACCUAUAAUUUACACAAAGCUGUGUAUGCUGCAGCACAUGCACUGCACAACUUGGUAAUGUGCCAGAAACAGGAGAGCAGUACUGAGAAGCAACUCUGUCCAGAUAUCUACAGUCUACAGCCCUGGCAGGUGAUAAAGUACCUUAAGGAGGUGAACUUUACCAACAUGUUUGGUGACACUGUAAACUUUGAUAAGUAUGGAGACCCUGCAGGAUCUUAUGAUAUCGUAAACUGGCAGAAGGGACCAGGAGGUAGGCCGAUGCAGUUUGCAACAGUUGGACGCUUUGACUCAUCUCUCCCUGCCAAGCAGCAACUAAUUCUCUACCAGGACGACAUCAUGUGGCCAGGUGGAUCCAAGGAGCUGCCAGUGUCAGUGUGCUCCGCCAGCUGCCAGCCAGGCUACAGGAAGGCCCCGCGUAAGGGAGAACCCAUUUGCUGCUAUGACUGUGUGCCCUGUGCAGAGGGUAGCAUCAGCAAUGGCAUAGAUCAGCCAGAGUGCACGCUAUGCCCCGAGGACCUCUGGUCCAACCCACAACGUGACAGCUGUGUCGACAAACAGAUUGAGUUUCUGUCCUACACUGAGGGUUUUGGUAUGGCCCUUGCAGCCACCUCCAUCCUGGGUGUAGCUGCUACAGUGACUGUAGCUGUAAUUUUCAUCCGUCACCGUGAUACACCUUUGGUGCGGGCCAACAACUCAGAGCUGAGCUUCUUGCUAUUGAUAUCACUCUCUCUCUGCUUCCUGUGUGCCCUCACUUUUCUAGGCCAGCCAUCUCGCUGGGCCUGCCCACUCCGACGCACGGCCUUUGGUCUGACCUUUGCACUCUGUCUCUCCUGCCUGCUCAGCAAGACACUGGUGGUUCUCAUGGCAUUCAGGGCCACACUGCCUGGCAAUAACGCAGCACGCUGGUUUCGCCCUCCUCAGCAGCGAUUUGGUGUGUUCCUCUGUUCCGCCAUACAGUGUGCCGUUUGUGUGGCUUGGUUGACCACAAGUCCGCCUUACCCAGUGAAGAACACAUGGCUGUACCGUGACCGGAUCAUCUUAGAAUGCCACCUGGGUUCAGUGGCACUGUUCUGCUGCGUGCUUGGCUACAUUGGCUGCAUGGCUGCCUUUUGUUUCAUCUUGGCUUUUCUGGCUCGGAAGCUGCCUGAUAACUUUAAUGAAGCCAAAUUCAUCACAUUCAGCAUGCUUAUAUUCUGUGCAGUUUGGAUUGCCUACAUACCAGCUUAUGUCAGCUCUCCUGGAAAGUUCACAGUUGCAGUAGAGAUAUUUGCUAUUUUAGCAUCCAGUUUUGGGGUCCUGUUAUGUAUUUUUGCCCCAAAAUGUUACAUUAUUAUCUUUAUGCCUGAAAAGAAUACUAAAAAAUAUCUUAUGUCACAAAAAGGGGGGAGGUGAUGUCUGUUUUUUAUGUUUUAUUGUUUACUUCUUUUAUUAUUUCAUUUUAUUUUAAGGCUUUUUAGGGCUUAGCUUGUGACCCUUGUCCAAGUACCUGAUACGAUUCUGUAACUGGAAUAAAACACGGGAGAGAAAUAAACAAGAAUAUAAAAAAUAUUUGCAUAUUAAAUGUAUAUGUAUUAAAAAUAGAUUUAAAUGAUACUUAUGAAGAUGUAUGGGGUUUAU